ACCAUCCUAUUGGCAUACAUGUGGAAGCAGGCAGUUGAUGCACCUCUACCGGAGGGAACAUCAGCACAGGCACAGCAUCUUUUUUCUUCUCCUGACACACGACAAUCAUGUCCACAAACGGCGCCGACGGGGACCUGCUGCAGAUCCCCCUGGGGCUCAUCAACAGCGUGGGGAAGUAUCUGACCGCGGAGACUUUCGGCUUCAAGAUCAACGCCUCGGCCAGCAGUCUGAAGAAGAAGCAGACCUGGACCCUUGAGCAGACCGGGGAGGACGGCAGCGCCGUGUUCCUCCUGUCCCACCUGGGCCGGUACCUCGCCGCGGACAAAGACGGCAACGUUACCGCAGACAGCGAGACGCGCGGCAGGGACUGCCGCUUCGUCAUCACCGCGCACGAGGACGGGCGGUGGUCUCUGCAGUCCGAGCCGUACGGCCGGUACCUCGGCGGCAGCGAGGACCGGAUCACCUGCUUUGCGCAGACCGCGUCCCCAGCAGAGAAAUGGAGCGUGCACCUGGCUGUGCACCCGCAGGUCAACCUGUACAGCUUUGCGCGCAAACGCUUCGCCCACCUGAGCGCGCAAGGGGAGCGGCAGGAGGUGUCAAUAAACCGGGAUAUUCCCUGGGGGGUCGACUCGCUUGUGACUCUGGUCUACCGUGACCAGCGCUACCACCUCGAGACCUGUGACAACCGCUUCCUCCGCAAUGAUGGCAGCCUGUCCGCAAAAACGGACAAGGAUACGGGCUACAUGCUGGAGUUCCGUUCAGGAAAAGUGGCAUUCCGCGACUGCAACGGUCGCUACCUGGCGCCCGUGGGCCCAACCGGCACAAUGAAGUCUGGGAAAAGCACCCGGGUUGGGAAGGAUGAACUGUUUGGCCUGGAGCGCAGCCACGCGCAGGUCGUGCUGACUGCAGGCAACGAGAGAAACGUCUCCACGCGGCAAGGCAUGGACCUGUCAGCCAAUCAGAACGAGGAAGGGGACCAGGAAGUCUUCCAGAUGGAGAUGAGCCGCGAGGACAGGAAGUGUGCCUUCAGAACCUCCGCUGGGAAAUACUGGACUCUGGCAGCAAGUGGAGGACUGCAGUGCACCGCCUCCACCAAGUCGGCCAACACUUUCUUUGAACUGGAGUGGCAUGAAGGUCGCGUGUGUGUGCGUGCAGCUAACGGCAAAUAUGUGAUCGCUAAGAAGAACGGGCAGCUCGCUGCUACUGUUGACAAUGCAGGGGAGGCUGAACAGUUCCUGAUGAAGCUGAUCAACCGUCCAAUCAUCGUCCUUCGCGGAGAGCACGGUUUCAUCGGCGCUCGCAAAGCUGGAAUGGCGACCCUGGACUCCAACCGGGCAUCAUACGAUGUUUUCCAGCUGGAGUUCCACAAUGGAGCUUACUCCCUCAAAGACUCCCAGGGGAAGUAUUGGUGUGUUGGAGACGACACGGCGGUGGUGUGCAGCAGCUCCACACCUGUCCAGUUCCUGUUUGAGUUCUGUGAUCUUAACAAGAUGGCCAUUUGUGCCCUGGGGGGGAAGUACCUUAAAGGAGACCAUGCCGGUGGGCUAAAGGCCAGCGCCGACUCCCUGGACAGCGCCACCCUUUGGGAAUACUGAGAAAGCACAGCCGGACUUCUCUACUGUCUGACACAACGCUUCAAACUAUUGAUAGAUACUCUUGGUAGCUGUUUUUUUUUUCUUUUUUGCAUAUGUGUGUGUGUAAUUGUGAAUUUGUCUGGAUGGAUGUGUGGUGGAAAUUGGAGCUGACAAACUGUAAGUCACAGCACCAAAGCACUAUAGGUGUUUAAUUUUGUAUUAUUUUUCUUUCUCAAUCAGUAUCUCUUCUUAUUGGGCUUUUUACUGGAGUUUUGGAUUUACGUCGACUUGUCGUUUUAAUGAAUGUACCAUGGUGUGGUUGCACAUUGCUUGUUACACUUCCAGUCAAAUUUACCCAAGCUGUACUUGAUAAAUGUGAGGAUGACCGCUGUUACUACUUUUGCCUGUCCGUGGUGAGUACUGGUGUUAAACGAACAUGUAGAACGCUAUAACUCAUGACCUACAAUAUCUAACCUUCUCCCGCUAAAUGUCCUGCCGGCUCUAUUUCACUGCAUUCAUUUCCUGUUCUCUUUCAAACCGUAAAGCAUAACACACUUCAGAUAAAGGGAUGUUACUGUCUCUGCUGUAAAUAAGGCUUUCUUUUUCACUUAAUGUGUCAAAAACAUAGUAACCAUAGGAAACAAAAUGGGGACGUGAAAGAAACAGGAUGUGGCUGACUGAUUUUCUCCGCCUGGAUGUUACCUACUGCUCCUCUCCAGUUUUCCUGUGUCCCUCUUAGAUGUGCAGACAGAUGAGAUCUGUAUGCAGACAGUGCAUCUAGAGAAAGUGGGCAAAGGUGUCUCUUUGAGUCUAUAAUCCACUCUGCUCUUUCUGGUUCCUCAGAUUAGUGUAAGGUUUUCAGUCAUACUUCAGGAGGGACAAAGGAAAGGAAAUGACGAGUGUGAGGAGCAAUGGUCCUCAAAGCGCUUUCUUUUCAAAUGAAUGAAUAGGAGGUGAUGGGUAAGGCCUACUUACUACACAUUCAAAUGCACAGAAAUUCUUACACGUAUGCAGUCACGGGUACAUGAAUUCCAACUGUGACACUAAAACUGCACAUUAAUGUAGUGUCCAACUGCAAGAAGUCAAAAGCACAUGUUUGUUGGGAUGAAAUGUCUGCCUUAGAUUGGGUGCUGCUGCUGCUACUGGUGUUAGACACAACGACGGAGUCAGUCAUCUCUCUGGCUGUUACUGUGCCUGUGCCUUCCAUAGAGCGUUUCAGUCUUUUUCAUGUUCUUACAUUUGAACUGAAUGACCGAGUAAAAACCCACAAUAAAGUUUUCCCUCUGAACAGUG